AUGGAGCCCCCCGCGGAGCUGGCGCCAGACCCCAGGUUCCCCCCGCCGCUCGUGGAGAUGCUGAUACGGAAUUUCAGCGUGCCAGCUGCCUGCUUCUCCCUGCCGCCCACCUCCGAGCAGCUCCUGCAACAGCUGGACGUCUUUGAACUCAGCAUCCUGGGGCUUGCCACCUUCCUGACACUGCUGUCGGUUGCCAUCUUCGUGGAGGAGGCCUUCUACCUCACGCGCAAGAUCCGCUGCCCCAUCAAGAGGAAGACCCUCCUCUGGAGCAGCUCGGCCCCCACAGUCGUGUCUGUGGUCAGCUGCUUCGGGCUCUGGAUCCCGCGCGGCAUGAUGGUCGUGGAGAUGGCAACCACGACGUACUUUGCUGUCUGCUUCUACCUGCUGAUGCUGAUCAUGGUGGAGGGCUUUGGGGGCAAGGAAGCGCUGCUGAGCACCCUCAAGGACGUGCCCAUGGUGAUCAGCACCGGGCCCUGCUGCUGCUGCUGCCCCUGCCUGCCCCGCAUCACCAUGAGCAGGAGGAAGUUCAAACUGAUGGUGCUGGCGACUUUCCAGUACCCGCUCUUGAGGGGGAUCGCUGUCUUCGUUGGGCUGGUCCUGGCUGCGGAUGGGAAGUACAACCCUGCUGACAUCUCAGAGAAGAGCGCGGCUCUCUGGAUCAACACGUCCCUGGGGGUCUCCACCAUCUUCGGCCUGUGGGCCCUGGGCAUCCUCUUCCGACAGGCCAGGUUGCAUUUGAAAGAGCAGAACAUCGUGGCCAAGUUUGUUUGCUUCCAGGUUCUCCUCAUCCUGACGGCGCUGCAGCCCUCCAUCUUCAGCAUCCUGGCCAACAACGGCAGCAUCGCCUGCUGGCCACCCCUCUCCUCCAAGGCCAGGUCACAGCAGAUGAAUAUGCAGCUGAUAAUCCUGCAAGUGUUCAUCGUGGCUGUGGUGACCCGAAUAUACUACCGCAAGCAGGAUGACAAACCUGGCUACCAGCCCAUCACCAUCACACCUGAGGACACCAACACCAAGGCCUGAGCA